AUGAACACACCAGUAGAUUCCUUUGGCAUGCCUUUGCGCACCUGCAGCGCUGCUCCACGUUUUGGAGGUGACUACACUCAGCUGGUCAACUUCCUGGAGUCAGUAGAACGACUCGCGCAACCACUUGGGCUGUCAGAUAAGGACAUCAUCAAGUAUGCCUUGAAGUAUACCGCGCCUAACGAGCGAGAGCUAUUUCAGUACUAUGAAGGUAACAACUAUGAAGAGUUUGCUAAUUCCGCCUUGUUUAUGUACCCAGAAUGCGGUACUCAGCGCCGCUACACGCGCCCUAGCGCGAUUUCCGCUAUUCCGCUUCCGCCCCUUGAAGCGCCCCAUGAAGCGCCACUUGUAGGCGCGCCUCAGCAACCAGAACACGCCUUAGAACAACCAGUAGCUGCAGCUAUAGCGCCAGUACACGAAACACACGAAACACUUCCCCUUCCGCCUACUCCAACAUCGCCUAUUGUUGAAAUCGCCAUUGCACCAGCCUACAUCGAGGCGCCUAUAAUAGGCGAGCCUACAGAGCCCCAAAGCGACCCAGAAGAUCAGUUGGACGAAGUUGUUUUACCCCAGCAAGAAGUACAUGCGCCUACCGCUAUUGUGAACGCGCCAAACGCGCUACAAGACAAAAUUGCGUCACCCAUGGUCAGCAAUGACCUCAAACAUGCAUCGCAUUUUAGCGCGCCCAUUCAGGAGUAUUCUGCAGUGUCAGAGCUCCAAAACACGCCUUACAUUGACCAGAGUUUGUCUCUGCUAAAUCCGCUUGUUACUGAUGAUACCGCGCAUAUCGCGUGUUCCGCUUACAGUGACUAUCACGCGCCAAUCAAGCAUCCAUGCAUCGCAUCACCCACCCACCAUAUAGAUCAUGUCUCAGGCGACCCUGACGCGCCUCCUGUGCACCCUAUGGCGCCUGAGGUCGCGCAUGUCACGCACUUUGAGGCAUUGUAUAUUCAACCCUCGCAUAUUUCGCCUUUUUCGCUUAUUUCGCGUUUUCGCUUAUUUCGCGUUUUCACUCUCAUUGAGUUUUUCAUCAGUUGCUAA